AUGAAUUAUGUCAUAAGAGGCACUUGUAGUUACAAGUUUGUGGAACCUCAAUUAAGGACUUUGAAAGGAUUGGGGACUCGUCUGGUUCUUGAUAACAAAGAAGACUUCAAGAAUAAUUAUGGUGAUCUCCUGAGUAUUCUCAACACUGAAGUUAACAUAACGAUCAUCCAUACUCGUGUGCAGUUAUAUGAUCCUCCAACAAGGUGUUUUACUUUCCAAGACCAUCAGUUGGCUCCAACUCUGGAGGAAUAUUCACAGAUCUUGGGGGUUGAAAUUCAUGAUCAGGUUCCUUUUGUCUAUACAAAGGAACUUCCUAAGUCUCAUCAUAUAACUGAAGUCCUCAAUUUGGAGAAGAAAGAAGUGGAAAUCAACCUCCAACUCAAGGGUGGAACUUAUGGUUUUACUCUAAAGUUUCUGGUAGACAAACCCACUACCUUUGCUGAUGCUGGAAGUUGGAAUUCUUUCAAUGUUAUUAUUGCUUUUCUCAUAUAUGGGAUUGUCUUGUUUCCUAACAUGGGAGAUUUUAUGGAUCUGGCCUUUAUUCAUAUUUUUAUGACCAAGAAUCAUGUCCAUACUCUUCUGGAUGAUACUUACUACUCCGUUCACGUGAGAAAUCAGAAUAAGAAGGGAACCAUUAUGUGUUGUGUUCCUAUGUUGUACAGAUGGUUCAUGUCUCAUCUAUCCAACAAGGGUCCUUUCCUUGACAACAAAAGCAAUCUUAAAUAG